AUUCGUCGUAUUUACUUUUAUUUGCUUCGGAACAAAUCUCACAUACAUUCCAUAAAAUUGAUCACGUUCAAAUUGGUACAAUUUUUGUCAAAAACAGUUUGAUUUUAGAUCAAAAUUCAGUACUUUUUGUGUGCGAUUAUCGCCUGAAGCUUUCCGCAAACGAUGUCCGUGAAUUGGAUGGAAUUGAGCGGUUUGUACGAGAAGUACGUCAAAUGGGUCGCCAGCAACCCGUCCGCCCUCGGAGAUGUAGAAACAGCGGCGAAAUGGUUAUCUUAUUUUGUAGCCGGGAAAAUCAACAAAUCUUCAGCAGUCUCCGAGUUGGUUUAUUCACUAUCGAACCUUUUGGUGUUUUACAACGAUCGAAUCAUUGAACGAGCGAAAGGUUCUGUUCCGUGUGGAGACGUUGGCCCCGUUGCCCGCAGAGUCAAAAUAAUUUUAACAACAUUGGAGUAUUGCGAGGUAUUCAUAGAACUGUCCGCUCAAAAGCUCUGGGGUACGCAGGGACGCUGGUUGCUGAUUGUUAUCGUGCAAACGGUUAAAUGCAUUGGUCGCUUAAUCCUUACUUUGUUUUGUCGGAACAAUAUCGUCAAAAAUCCCCCGAUCCCGGCUCUGAACCGCAGUGAACUAGACAAACCGACGAGAGACAAUGCUUCCUUCCAGACUGAGGGUCCAACCGUUGUACUGAAGCGUUCGGGACGCGUCAUGCGGAAGGUGGAGGGUGCACCGCCGAUAGUUGCACGUACCUGGAAGCCUCUGAAACAUGAGCCCGGAGCACAGGUAGUACAGUAUGAGGGCCGGUUCAUCCGUACAGCUGAGUUGAUGUACAUUGUAAAACCGUUGGUGCACCUAGCGUGUAUUCGAAAGUACGGAAUGAACAGCUGGAAAUCUUAUUUGGUUCCCAUGGCCAUUGAUGUUGCUAGCAUGAGGAUUUACUACAAGAAUCGAGAGGAUCUUUCUAAGGAGCAGAAACAGGAGUUGUCUCGGCGCUGUGUUGCGAUGCUGCUGUACUUGCUGCGUUCGCCCUUCUAUGACAAAUACAGUAAGGAUAGAAUCGCCGGCUUGCUCACGCGAAUUGGAAACAAUGUACCCCUUACCGGAACGAUCACCGAUUUGCUGCAAUCCUAUAUUCCGCGCUGGCAGGAAACAUACUUCUACAUGUGGUCAAGCUAAGUACGCCGGCUGUGAUGUAAGUGCAUUGUUGUGCGAAUGACUGGUGGAUGAUUUAUGUUGUAAUAUGAUAAGAUUAGUUGUACAGUAAGUUGUUGCAGUAGAAUGGAUAAAGGUUUAUUUUCAACCAGGGAUUGGUGGGUGAUGUUCAAUCAUUGUAAAAUGAUUUUAUUUGAAUAAAAUUGCCUUGACGAAAAA